AUGGUAGAUUACCUGUUGCCAGAAGAGUUUGCCACCGGUAGCGAUUUAAUCAGCAAGGUCGUCCUAGCUGAUAAAAGAAUUAUCAAUAUUAUAUGCAAAAGCCUCAACAAUAGUCCACAGGAUCAUUAUAUGGCCGCCCCUAGCGAAUUCCUGGAUAAAAACGCCUGCAAUGUUCUAUAUCUCCCAAAAGUGGCUCUUAGUGAAUACCCGCCCAUAAUAAUAGAAGUCCAAAAAAAUGUUAAUGAAAAGUACAUGUCUCGCGCUGCACGUUACUCCCCAUUGGUCUGA